UUACUGCGUGGGAUCCGGAAGGUGCGCCCGCGGAGCAAGGCCCCAGGUCUGGUCAGAUCGCGACCCGGGAAGAUGGAGGGGUACCGGGCGCGCGCUCCUGGCCGGGACAGCAAGGCGCCGCGUAGGAAGGGCCUGUCGCCCGCGCGGCCCGCAACCUACUACGAGCCCGGGGAGAAGCGCCCCAAGUUGCAUUUAAAUAUUAAGACACUGACAGAUGAUAUGCUGGAGAAAUUUGCUAGCAUAAGAAUUCCAGGGAGCAGGAAAGAGAGACCUCCUCUUCACCAUCUGAAGAUUGCAUUUGGAAGCAGUGACCGCUCCUCAGUGGCUUCAGAGACAGGGGAAAAGCUGCUUUCUGAGAACGAGGUCUUCAAACUCUUUGAGAAGAUGAUGGAAGAUAUGAAUUUAAAUGAAGAUAAAAAGGCACCAUUGCGGGAAAAGGACUUAAGUAUCAAAAAAGAAAUGGUGAUGCAGUACAUUAAUACUGGUUCUAAGACAGGAAGUCUUAGAAGUAGCCGACAGAUCUCACCUCAGGAAUUUAUCCAUGAGCUGAAAAUGGGGUAUACUGAUGAGAGACUUUCCACAUAUCUGGAGUCACUGCGAGUAUCAUUGACCAGUAAUCCUGUGAGUUGGGUGCAAAGCUUUGGACAUGAGGGACUCGGACUAUUAUUGGACAUUUUGGAAAAACUGAUUAGUGGGCAAAUCCAAGAAAGAGUUGUAAAGAAGAAUCAGCACAAAGUUAUCCAGUGUCUGAAAGCCCUGAUGAACACACAGUAUGGCUUAGAAAGAAUUAUGAGUGAAGAGAGGAGUCUUUCCUUGUUGGCGAAAGCCAUGGAUCCUAAGCAGCCCAAUAUGAUGGCGGAUGUGGUGAAGCUUCUUUCUGCAGUAUGCAUUGUAGGGGAGGAGAGCAUCCUUGAAGAAGUUUUAGAAGCCUUGACUUCAGCUGGAGAAGAAAGAAAAAUUGACAGAUUUUUUCCCAUUGUUGAAGGCCUUCGGCACAAUUCAGUGCAACUGCAGGUAGCUUGUAUGCAGCUCAUAAAUGCUCUUGUUACAUCUCCUGAUGAUUUGGACCUGAGGCUUCACAUCAGAAAUGAAUUUAUGCGUUGUGGAUUGAAAGAGAUAUUGCCAAACUUAAAAUGUGUUAAGAAUGAUGGCCUGGACAUACAACUUAAAGUUUUUGAUGAGCACAAAGAAGAAGACUUCAUUGAGUUCUCUCAUCGCUUUGAAGAUAUUAGAGCUGAACUUGAUGAAGCAGCUGAUGUUUAUGACAUGGUGUGGUCCACAGUUAAGAACACUAGAGCAGAGGGAUAUUUUGUUUCUAUUCUUCAGCACCUUUUGCUCAUUCGAAAUGACCAUUUUAUAAGACAACAGUACUUCAAACUAAUUGAUGAGUGUGUGUCACAGAUUGUAUUGCAUAGAGAUGGAAUAGAUCCAGACUUCUCAUACAGAAAAAGACUAGAUUUGGACUUGGGUCAGUUUCUAGAUACUUGCAUAGAUCAGGCAAAACUAGAAGAGUAUGAAGAGAAAGCAUCAGAGCAUUGCAAGAAAUUUGAAAAAGAGUUUACUGACCACCAAGAAACUCAGGCUCAGUUGCAGAAAAAAGAGGUAAAGAUUAAUGAGCUUCAAGCAGAGUUACAAGCUUUCAAAUCUCAGGAGCAUAAAUCUCUCUUUUGUCUUACAGCAAAAAGGAGUACAGAUGAUUUUGAAGAGAAGAAAGUUAUUAAGAAAAGAAUCAAGGAACUUAAAUUUCUAGAUCCUAAAAUUGCUCAGAACCUUUCAAUAUUCCUGAGCUCCUUCCGGGUGCCUUACAAGGAAAUCAAGACGAUGAUAUUGGAAGUGGAUGAAACACAGCUGUCAGAGUCUAUGAUUCAGAACUUACUAAAGCAUCUUCCUGAUGAAGAGCAGUUGAAUUCAUUGUCCCAGUUCAGGAGUGACUAUAACAACUUAAGUGAACCUGAGCAGUUUGCUGUUUUGAUGAGCAAUGUGAAGAGACUCCGGCCACGGCUCAGUGCUAUUCUCUUUAAGCUUCAAUUUGAAGAGCAGGUGAACAACAUCAAACCUGACAUCAUGGCUGUCAGUACUGCCUGCGAAGAGAUCAAGAAGAGCAACAGCUUUAGCAAGUUGCUGGAACUUGUGUUGCUAAUGGGAAACUACAUGAAUGCUGGCUCCCGGAAUGCUCAAACCUUCGGAUUUGACCUUAGCUCUCUCUGUAAACUAAAGGACAUAAAAUCGGCAGAUCAGAAAACAACACUCCUUCAUUUCCUGGUGGAUGUAUGUGAAGAAAAGCACCCGGACAUCCUGCACUUUGUUGACGAUUUGGCACACUUAGACAAAGCUAGUAGAGUCUCUGUAGAAAUGCUGGAAAAGAGUUUGAAGCAGAUGGGAAGGCAGCUUCAACAGCUUGAGAAGGAUUUGGAAACCUUUCCCCCUCCUGAGGACUUGCAUGACAAGUUUGUGAUAAAGAUGUCCAGCUUUGUAACCGGUGCAAAAGAGCAGUAUGAGAACCUCUCCAAACUGCUAAGCAACAUGACCCAGCUGCACCAGAGUGCGAUGCGCUACUAUGCUGUUGACACGAAAAAGGUGUCUGUGGAAGAAUUUUUUAAUGACUUGAAUAACUUCAGAACUACAUUCAUGCAAGCGUUAAAUGAAAACAUCAAAAAAAGAGAAGCGGCAGAAAAGGACAAACGUGCCAGACUAGCUAAAGAGCGAGCAGAGAAAGAACGCCUCGAACGCCAACUAGAGAAAAAACGUUUGCUAGAAAUGAAAACUGAGGGUGACGAGACAGGAGUGAUGGAUAGUCUGCUGGAGGCCUUGCAGUCAGGGGCUGCCUUCCGGGACAGAAGGAAAAGGACACCGAAGCCGAAAGCAGAUAUUCGGCAGAGUCUCAGUCCAAUGUCUCAGAGGCCUGUUCUCAAAGUUUGUAACCAUGAAAACCAGAAAGUGCAGUUGACAGAAGGGUCACGUCCACAUCACAGUAUCAAUGGCAACUCCACCAGGACUCAGGCCGCGAAGGAGCUUAAUUAUAAUCUAGACACUCAUAAGUCUACAGAGAGGAUCAAGGCAGUUGAGAAGGAAGCCUUCAAUGCAGAAAGCAACAGAAAAAAGGAAAUGGAACUUCAUGGCUCUAUUUCUAAAAGCGAAUCAGUUCCUGAAGUUGAAGCCCUGCUGGCAAGAUUACGAGCUUUAUAAAUUAAACUGGUUAAAAAAAAAAUGAUUAAGCCAAACACAAAGCCAUGCUUUCAGCUGUAACACUUGAGAAGUUGCUUUUAUGUCAGUGACUUUAUAUAGUUUUAAAUUAUGAUAUAUAUUAGAAAGUACAAAGCUGAAUACGUGAUUGCAAUGCUUUUCCAUGUACUUGAAGUUUUGGUUUUUUUCAAGGUUGGAAUGGGCUUUAAUGCUUGUUUUGUCUCCUAGUAUUCAUCUAUUCUGUAUUUGCUGGUUAAAUUAUACAUGUUGCUCUAGAGAUCAAGGAGGCAACCAUGUGUUCAACCACGUGUCUUUAAGAAGAUGGCAUCCUUCUAGGUCAUAAUAUUUACCACUUCAACAUUAAUGAAAGCUCAUUAAGGUGAAGACCUGGUGUCUGUCCAUGCGUAUUCCAUAUGUUCUAUCUGUAUUGGCCCAAAUGCUUUCAGUGCAGCAUCAGAAACAUAUAACUGUGUGUCAGAACUGUACUGGCCAGCACACUCGUUAUCGUCAGUGUUGAUUCAUGUUAACUCGACACUGGAAGGCAUCUGAGCAUAUUUCUAAAAGGGAGAAAUGUAUGCACUUUCUUUGCAAAAUUUAUGUACAUUUUGCAAAGUAGAAAUAUGAAGUUGGAAUGUAUGCAUGCAGUAUCAGAGUACUGCCCCAAACUCUUGGUCUUAGCCAAGAGAGUACUUUUACCCUAGUAAUUAUUGCUCUGGAAUAAAAUUACCAUUCUUAAGUUUCCCAAGAAAUACAUUUUUAUUUUUGAAUAAACUUAGGGUUUUGAUUUCUUUAAGUUGACAAUCAAUAAUUGUAGCAACAAUCUGAGUGUUUCAAGAAAAGUUUCUGCACACAAAUGUUUCAGUUGUACCUCCUUUGGCCUUGUUUCUUUGUUAAUCCUUAUCAAAAAGAAUAAACUUGCUGCUUGCACUAACA